AUGCCGGACAUUUGUGGUUUUUGCUCGAAUAAUGUGAGUAGGUCAAACCCAGGAAUACCGUGCAGUGGCGGGUGCUCGAAACUGUUCCACCUGAAAUGUGCCAAAUUACCGGCCUCGUUCGCGGACAUACCGGGUGAUGCAGGAGUGAGCUGGCUAUGCACAAGCUGUAAAAAUUCGAGGAAAACAAACAAAACUGCUAGCAUGGAUUCAGAUCUGGUUGAAAGGCUGGUCAAUUCCAUAGAUAAUAUGCAACUCGAAAUAAAGUCUAUUAAAACCGAGUUUCACGACUCUCUAAAUUUCUACGGCGGCAAAAUCGACGAAUUUACUGCUCGAAUGAACGAUUUUCAAGUAACAGUCAAUGCACUUCAAGGUCUGCGGGAAGAAGUAGAUUCUAUUGGAAAAGAAUGUAGGAAACUUCGAACUGAGCUCGAAUUGCUACACCAACAAGGGAGAAAUCGCAAUCUUGAAAUAUGUGGUGUACCGGAAGGUCGUAAUGAAAAUACCAAACGUCUAGUCCAAAGCAUUUGCUCAAAAUUACAGGUCGAAAUCAAAGAAGAAGACUUCGAAGAAUGUCACAGAGUGGCCACUUUCCCUAACGCUAAUGGAACAACCAAUCACAAAAAUAUUGUUGUGAAAUUCUACUCUCGCUCUAUCAGGUCUGCAAUUCUGGAAAAGCAGCGUAGCUUGAGACAUAAUAUAAACCUGAACGACGUAGGUUUUCAAGGGGAGGGGCGUAUCUUCAUUAAUGAACAUUUAUCACCAUUCUUCAAACAGCUCUUUAGAAAAGCUAGAGAGGCAUGCAAAAAACAUAACUAUAAGUUUUGCUGGAUAAGAGAUGGUAAAAUAUUCGUCAAAAAGACUGAAUCCAGUCGUCCAAUACACAUCAUAGAUGAAGAAAUCCUUCGUAUUUCAGUCAGAGCCUAA